AUGAAAAUCAAAUACAUGAGUGUAGUGGAUUGAAUGUGAUAAAGAAUAAGAAAUCAGCACUUGAUUAUACGAAGGAGAAAAUAGAAGAGAAUCUUAAUCUGUUGAAGGAUGAGCUUAAUGAACUACGUGAAAAUAUAAGAUGUGCUCUUCAUAUUUCCGUUGCGUCCAAGUGUAAUGAGUUCAUAAAGAAUUUCAAUAAAUGCAGUGGUGAGAUAUGGAAUAAUCCGAUGUUCGCAACAAGUACAUUCUGCAACGAGCAAAAUGAAGGAACUUACAUUACAGAUGUAGUAAGUUUGGCAAGUAAGGCAUACAGAAAUAUUGAAGCAAGUAAAGGGUGGAUGAGAAAGAAGCCUGAUGUUAUGGCAUUAGAGAAGUACAAAGAAUAG